AUGGACCACGAGCCCAUAUCCAUGGCAUCCCGCCUCCCAGACGACGCCCUCAGCUCCCCGUCCCCGUCCCCCUCGCCCUCGCCCCCACCUCAACCACCCGUCGCUUCCACCAGCACCGCCCACCCCGAGCCAGGCCCAGCCCGCACCAUAACCCUCACCUCGGUCAGUCCAGUCGACCCCAACAAGCGUCGCGACUUCAGCUACCGCUACUACGCACCCUCGUCGUCCGCCCUCGACUCGGCCACCCGCUCCUUCCUCGACCUCCCAGAGUCCUACUUCCAGCCCCUCCCCUCCGAGAUCCAGCACGCCCACGCCUCGUCCGUCAAGCGCCGCGAGGACCUCGUCGACCGGCCCCUCUUGACCCAGAAGCUCCGCGACCAGCACCAGCGCGACCACGACCGCGACAAGGCCCGCAGGUGGCCCCACACCCGCAUCCGCAUCCGCUGGCCAGACCGCACUCUGCUCGAGGGCGUCCUCCCCUCGACCGACAAAGUCGUCCACUUGUACGAGUUUGUCCGCAUCGCCCUGCGCCCCGACGCCCGUGACGUCCCUUUCGUCCUCUACCAGACGCCGCCCCGCACCGAGUACCGCCGCGGCGCGCCCCACCUCAAGGGCAAGUCGCUCAUCGACCUCGACUUCACCCCCUCGUCGGCCUUCUACAUCAAGUUCGAGGGCCCCGACACCCCGCUCGUCGACGCGCUCAACGACCACAAGCGCGCCCCGCCGCUCGUCGACGAGCUCCUCGGCGCGCUCGCAGAGCUGCCGGCCCCGCCGACGUUUGACCCGCGCGACGGCGAGGCCACGGACGGCGAGGGCAAGGGCAAGGGCAAGGGGACGGUGGGCGAGACGGACGAGGAGCGCAAGAAGCGGGAGAAGGAGGACAAGCUGAGGAGGCUGCUCGGCGGCGGUGGCAAGGGGCGCGGCGGCGUGACGCCGAGCUGGAUGAAGGUCGGCAAGGAUGCCCACAAGAAGUAGCGUCCUCCCCCUCCCCUUCCUCUUCCCCUUCCCCUCUCCCGCCCUCUCGCCUCCCCGACACUACCACUUUCCGCCCCUUCAACACCUCCUCGUUCCUCCGUACCUCGCACCUGCAACCACCCGCCUCUUUAUGCCUCA